UGUGUAGUGAUUGUUAGGUUGCGGGUGUGUAAUUUGAAAGAUUUGAGGGAAUAUUGUUCCGACAAAACAAAAACUGUUGCAGGAAAACGAAACGAAAUGAUGAUUAGCAUUCUCACCCAGGAACGGCUUCUUGGAGCUUCACUGGGAGUUGUAUUGACGGGGGUGGUUGUGUUGGAGCAACGCAGAUACAUCUACUCUUCUAUUUCCAAUUCCCAAUCUCACUCUCAGGUUAGAGAACCCAUAUUUGGGAAGAAAUCACGUUCUGAAUUUGCACAUUUAUGGAACAAAACUGUGGAUCAGACAUUUGAACCUUUGAUAAAGUCUCUGAGCUCACGUGGAUGGUAGAGAUGUUUAUGUGUGGCUCUAUUUUUUAUACUAUCUUUUGUAAUUGUGAAUUUGUGAUAUCAAAACAUGCAAUACAUGGCCUUACUUUUACCUUCGCAGUCUGAAUUGUAUGUUAAACGGUUGUGCGCAUGGGCAGUGCUGAUGAAUGAUGAUGUUUGAAGACCAAUGUAAUAACUUUUUGCAAUUAUCAUAUUUUGCUUCUUUAUAUGGAUC